AUGGGCAGCAUUGACACCUUGGUGCUCAGCUCCCCUGGCCCGUCCCCUGGCCCUGGCCCCGGCAGUGGUGACAUGGAGGUGGAGUGCUGGUUUGAUGAAGAAUUGAAGUUCAUUCUGCUCCUGGUGAGCUAUGCUGUGGUCUUCGUGUUGGGCCUGGGCCUCGAUGUCCCCACCCUCUUCCUCUUUCUCUUCCGUCUUUACCCCUGGGAUGCCACAGCCACCUACAUGUUCCACCUGGCACUGUCCGACACUCUCUACGUGCUUUCACUGCCAACCCUCAUCUAUUACUACGCAGCCCGCAAUGAUUGGCCAUUUGGGACUGGUCUCUGUAAGUUCAUCCGUUUCCUCUUCUAUUGGAACUUGUAUAGCAGCAUCCCGUUUCUGACCUGUAUCAGCGUGCAUCGCUACCUGGGCAUCUGCCCCCCUCUGCGGGCCCCGCGCUGGGGCCACCCACAUGUCGCUAGCCUCAUCUGCCUGGCCAUCAAGUUGGCCGUGGCUGCUUGCCUCGUGCCCAACCUCUUUGUCACCACCAGCACUCGAGGGACCACCGCCCUGUGUCAUGAUGACACCAUGAAGCCUGAGGACUUCGACUGCUAUGUCUAUUUCAGUUCCAUAGUUAGGGUUCUGCUCCUUGGACUCCCCUUUCUGGUUACCCUGGUGUGCUGUGGCCUCAUGGCCCGGCGUCUGUGCUGGCCCCUGCCAGGUGCUGCCCAAUCCUCCGCCUGCCUCUGCUCCCUUGCCGUGGUCUUGACUGUCUUUGCCAUCUGCUUUGUACCCUUCCAUAUCACCCGCACCAUCUACUACCUGGCCUGCCUCUUGGAGGUGAAUUGUCAGACGCUGGGCAUCAUCAAUAUUACCUACAAGGUGACCCGCCCUCUGGCCAGUGCCAACAGCUGCCCGGAUCCUGUGCUCUACCUCCUCACAGGGGACAAGUAUCAGCGGCAGCUGUGGCAACUCUGUCGCAAAAGGCCGAACCAGGCCCAUAUGGUCUCCUCCCUGGCACUUGUAUCCCGGUCAGAGGAGAGCAGCUGCAGGUAG